GAUGCAGUGGAAUCGAUUCCCACGUGAUUGCAUAUCGCUGUGGGAUAGCGCGCGGCAAGUCGAUUGCUUCUCUUAUCUUUUAUCGUAAUUAUUUAGCCGCAACAUACUCUACACUCGGCUCGUCAAGACGAUGGAGUCUGUCUUGGAGAAGCACUUGGACGACACGAUGAAGAGCCCUGGUGUGAUGGGUGUGUUGUGUACAGACAGCCAUGGCCUAAAUCUAGGAAGUCGGGGCACUCUCACUGAGAAGCACGCUGGCGUGGUGUCUGUGUUGGCGGCUCAGGCCACUCAGCUGUCACCGGACCCCAUGGAUGUACCUGUGGUUUGUCUGGAGUCAGACAAUGGGAACAUCUUGAUCAUGAAGCACAGUGACAUUACAGUGGCGAUGCACAAAGUGUCCUCGUAAGAAGCCAAAAGUGACCUUUGUUUCGGAGAGCAGAACGUGGCAACGCAAUUGAAUUACUCGCUUCAGUUCCUCUCGUGGCUUUCAAUAUUCGAUUGCCGCAUGACAUGCUGUUGUAAAAUUAUAAUGCGCGGUGUGCGAUGCUCGUAGGAAGCAUUUACAACAUUAAAAGUGGCAGUAGUCUCGUGUACAUAAGGAACCAAGGUUGUGCUUUGUAAAAAAAAUGUGUUAAUUUGUUGCAAUGCGCUGGUGUUAUAAACAAUUUUCACAUGGCUGGCUGUAAAGUAUUAAAAGAUAGGUGUCAUACGAUAUUAGAAAGUUUGCUGUCUGGAUUCCUGUCUGGAUUCCUCGCUGCGUGAUAACGUCGCCCGCAUCCCACAGCGUUAAGCCGGAUUCGUCCGUGCUCACAUCAAACUCCACCAUUUGUGCCAGAUAUGCUACGGUCGUACUAUAGUAGAAAACAAGUUUUGCUGGCUGGCUGGCUGUAGGGAUAAACAGAUCCCAAGAAUGUGCUGGGCUGCUAGUGUAUAGUAAAACAAAACGGUGAACGUUUGUUGAUAAUUUAAUUACACUUGCUUCGAGUUAAGUGCACGUGUUUCCCAUUACUCUUCAGUUUGUAACGCAUUGUAAACACAUUGUAUUCAAAGAGGUUUCCUACAGCUUGUAGGUAUCAUUUUAACGAUGCUUGUCCGUUUAAUUAAAUUACAUCUUCACAAAUUGACCAUAUCUUUUAAAUUUCGAUUUAAAGCUUUCGUGACUGCAGGGAUUCAUCUUCUUGGUUCUUUCGGUAAAGUCACGUAGAAGGGAAAUAAUAUAAUAAAAAUAUAACAUAAUAAAUAACAAUUCUCACGACGUUUCGGCCACAACGCAAGCAGCCGUCCUCAGGUGAAGAACAGGUCUGUCGGAAAGACAUCGUCUGAAUGACGCUAUUAUUUCCCUUCUACGUGAUUUUACCGAAAGAACCAAAAAGAUGACCAUAUCUUGUUCUCCAUAGAUGGAUGUUUUUGUGUUAUGGGAUUUUGUGUAUAUGCUAGGCAUGUAAUAAUGCAGCGAUUCAUUCAUACAAAUACAUUAUUUUGUUUCAAACAUGUAUUGUGUGUCAGAAUAAAUGUUUGAAUUUGAAAAUUCGAAGUAAACUAGCCUUUUGCCCAUCCAAGCACGGGUGUAUUUCAGUAAAUCUGAAACUUGCACCUCCCAUUAGCACGCUUGGCUACGUACGCCGCGCAAAAAAAGUUCAACAUACAUGGAGGGAUUUCUAGACUGAGACAUUUAAACGGAUGGAGAUAGGGCAGCCAGUGAGUUGGCGGAGUAGAGCAGAAGUGUGGAAAUUGUGGGGGGAGGUUAAAAAAAAAAUGAUCAGGGACGAGGCAUUUUGUAUCUGUCAUUGGAGAGCAGCGAGGGCGUGGGCAGGAAGGCCGAGAGGAAGAGAGUCGCAGUCGUGAACGGCGAGUGGAAACGAGAGUGAAUCGCUGUGUCACAUCAUCCAGUGAGACUCGGUGAAGCGGUGUGUCACAGGAAACCUCGAACGCAUUGACGAAACUGCGUCUCGGAAGCCGUUAAGUGGCUCACCAACCUCAAUAUUGAAGUUUAGUUUGUCCGCACAAUCCAGACAAACGCCUAAAGAAGACGCUCGUUGAACCAAGGCUCUCAAAAGUCAGAUCGUCACACGAGACACUCGUCAGCCGUGCCGAACCAGGAGCAGCGGAGUGGGGCAUCGCUGUGACGAUCCCUACUCCACUCCCCAAGAGGCCAUGAUAGAUGCUCACAAAUACAUGGUUGUCAAUCCAUGCGGUGUACCCGUAUUCUUGUACAGGGGAAUUUCGUUUUCGGGUCCAUAUGGCGUACAGCCGUUUCAAUACGGGCAACAAAAAUUGUUUUUUCUUCUUGGUUCUUUCGGUAAAGUCACGUAGAAGGGAAAUAAUAAAAUAAAAAUAAAGCAAUAAAAUACAAAAACAA